CUUUAACGGAUUAGUAGCUGUCGACCGUAGUGGACACGUGGAACCUGUUAUGAUCGACUAGCGCUCAGCAUAUCAUUUCCUCCCACAGGUUUCUACUGCUUGUACUCCGACAUUGAUCGGAUUCCGAUUCAUCUUCGCCCAGUUGCGCUUUCGACUAUAUCCUCCUGAGUUUCUGACAGUCCUCGUGCAACUUCAUUGUGGUAUCACAGCAUGGCAGACGAUGUGGAACAGCAUCGAGAAGCCUUGAAUAGAUGUCCCCCCGAACAUUCUGAUCGAUUACAUUUCCUCAACAAUCUCGCCGUCAGCCUUCGACACAGAUUUGCGCAGCGGGGCGUCCCAUCCGAUCUUGAUGAGUCCAUCGAGCUUUAUCGAACUGUCCUACUCCUUUACCCCCUCAAUCAUUCUGACCGACCACGGUCUCUCAAAGGUCUUGCCAACAGCCUUUUGGACCGAUUCACUCAGCGGAGCGUCCCAUCUGACCUUGAUGAGUGCAUUGAGCUCAAUCGGGCUGCACUAUUCCUUUGCCCCCUCGGUCAUUCUGAUCGACUGUCGUCUCUCAACAAUCUCGCUGUCAGCCUGCGAGACAGAUUCACUCAGUGGGGUGCCCCACCUGACCUUGAUGAGUCCAUCAAGCUUCUUCAGGAUGCACUGCUCCUUCGUCCCCUUGGUCAUUCUGACAUAUUGUUGCCUCUCAACAAUCUUGCUAUGAGUCUCGGAGACAGAUUCACUCAGCGAGGUGUCCCGUCUGACCUUGAUGAGUCUAUCGAGCUUUAUCGAGCUGCACUACUCCUUUACCCCCUCGAUCAUUCUGAUCGACCACAGUCUCUGCAAGGUCUUGCCGUCAGCCUUUGGGACCGAUUCAAUCAGCGGGGCGUCCCAUCUGACCUUGAUGAGUCCAUCGAGCUCAAUAGAGCUGCACUACUCCUUUUCCCUCCCGGUCACCCUGAUCGAUCGCAGUGUCUCAACAAUCUCGCCGGCUGCCUUAGAGACAGAUUCACGCAGCGGGGUGUUCCAUCUGACCUUGAUGAAUCCAUCGAGCUCAAUCGGGAUGCACUGCUUCUUUGUUCCCCCGGUCAUUCCCUUCGAUCGUUGUUUCUCAACAAUCUCGCCCUCAGCCUUAGAGACAGAUUCACGCAGCGGGGUGUCCCAUAUGACCUUGAUGAGUGCAUUGAGCUCCAUCGGGAUGCACUACUCCUUCGUCCUCCUGGUCAUUCUGAUCGAUCAUUCUCUCUCAACAACCUCGCCAUCAGCCUUCGAUACAGAUUCAAGCAGCGGGGUGUUCCAUCCGACCUUGAUGAGUCCAUCGAGCUCAAUCGGGCUGCACUACUCCUUCGUCCCCCCGGUCAUUCUCUUCGAUCGUCAUCUCUUAACAAUCUCGCCAACAGCCUUGGAGACAGAUUCAUGCAGCGGGGCAUUCCAUCUGACCUUGAUGAGUGCAUUGAGUUCCAUCGGGCUGCACUUCUCCUUCGUCCCCCUGGUCAUUCUGAUCGACCACAGUCUCUUGACAAUCUCGCUACUAGCCUUGGAGAGAGAUUCGCUCAGCGGGGCCUCCCGUCUGAUCUUGAUGAGUGCAUCGAGCUCCAUCGGGCUGCACUACUCCUUCAUCCUCCUGGUCAUUCUGAUCGAUCACAGUCUCUCGACAAUCUCGCUACCGGCCUCGCGGAGAGAUUCAACCAGCAGGGCCUCCCAUCUGACCUUGAUGAGUGUAUUGAGCUCUAUCGGGCUGCACUACUCCUUCGCCCCUCAGGUCAUUCUGAUCGAUCACAGUCUCUCAGCAAUCUUGCCAUAAGCCUUGGAGACAGAUUCUGGUGGCGGGCCACCCCGUCUGACCUUGAUGAGUGCAUCGAGCUCCAUCGGACUGCACUACUCCUUCGCCCCCUCGGUCAUUCUGAUCGAUCACGGUCUCUCGAGAAUCUCGCCGUCAGCCUUCAACGCAGAUUCACUGAGCGGGGCGUCCCGUCUGACCUUGAUGAAGCAUUUAGCUUGUUCUUACAGCUGCCCCACAUAUCUCAUGCAGUCUCUCGUAUGGAUCUUGCUGCUGCUCACUCAUGGGCGAUCACUGCCGAGGACAUGAACCAUGGUUCUGCAUUAGCUGCAUAUCAAACUGCGUUGAAAUUCCUAGAUCAGCAUGUCACUCUUUUGUCGCCUUCGUCACGUCAUUUCGAUGUCGUGAGGAUGGCCACGGCUUCGCUUGCUGUGGAUGCUUUCUCGUGCAGCGUUCGUCAUGGCGAGCUGACAGUCGCCGUAGAACUGGUGGAGCAAGGCCGUGCAGUAUUCUGGACCCAGCUGGCACGCUUCCGCACACCCCUUGAUGAACUUUCUAUGGCUCGUAACACCGGCGCAGCCUUGGCAGAAGAGUUCAAGCAACUUAGCUUUCGCCUCCGUGACGCGUUCGAUGAGCCUGUUGAAGACCAAUCUCCGGAAAUCCGCCAACUGACCAUGCAAUGGGAUGACGUGGUUUCACGCAUACGCAUGCUUCCCGACUUUUCUCGGUUUCUCCUACCUCCCCUUUUCUCCGACUUAAAGAAGGCGGCUGAAGAAGGCCCUGUCAUCAUUGUCAACGCUAGUCAGUACAGCUGCGACGCCUUGAUUGUUUUCAAUCACCAAGAUCCUGUCCAUGUUCCAAUUGACAUCACGCAGACCGAAGUUUCUGAUUUGUCCUCUGAGUUUCAGUCCCUUACAAGAGAAUUUGGUUCUUCUGAUACUCAGCUCAAGCUUGUCAGCAUCCUACGUAAAAUUUGGCAUGUCAUUGUUGACCCCAUAGUACAAGCCCUUAGGUUGUCAAAUGUUCACCCUGGCUCGCGCAUCUGGUGGUGUCCCACUGCUGAAUUCACGCUGCUUCCUCUACAUGCAGCAGGAGCCUACGAAAAGAAAAGAGACAGUUUGUCUCACAUCUACAUCUCCUCGUACACCCCCACUUUGGCGAUACUUGUUCGUGCAAGACAGCAGGUUUCUCAAGAUGCGUCCCCGCAACAUUUUGUUGCCAUUGGUCAAGGAAACCCGGACGGAGGGAGGCCACUUGAAUGUGUAGCUCUCGAGCUAGUCGUUGUCACCCAGCGUCUCGCGCCCAUCGUAUCAUCCUUCACGUCGCUCGAGGACAGCGACGCAACAGUCGAGGGUGCAUUCGAUGCGCUGAACCAUACACAGUGGCUUCACCUGGCUUGCCACGGAAUGCCGAAUCGACAACAACCAUUUGAAUCUUCCUUCGCAAUGCGUGAUGGGCCGUUGAUGAUCAAGGACAUCAUCCGAUCCAACUGGCAGAACCCGCAGUUUGCGUUCUUAUCGGCUUGCCACACUACCGUAGGCGAUGAGAAGAGUCCCGAUGAGUCGAUCCAUCUCGCUGCGGCAAUGCAAUUCUCCGGAUUUCGCAGCGUAAUUGGUUCCAUGUGGUCUGUCGACGACGAGGUUGCACAGGAGGUUGUAGCUGCUUUUUACGAGAACAUGGUAGAUGAUUCAGGCAGAUUGGACUGCACGCGCGCGGCGGUGGCGUUGCACAAGGCUGUGAAGAAAUUGCGGCGCAAGAAUAUUUCACUGGAGCAGCAGAUCGUAUUGGUUCACAUAGGUGUCUAGUUUGAGGCUCGAUUUGCUAUUUUAUUGCAUUUUCUGUAAUCCUGACCCCUUUCAUUCCCCCGUUGUCCUACAUAUAUCUCAGUUAAAUCACGCCUGCAUGAUGAUUUUGUUAUUACAUUGUUGUAUGCUGACCAUGCUCUAUGAUACAAGCCCACUACUUGCAUUUUUCUUCCUAUAAGCCGUCGCCUACGGCCGUUGCCGUAUGAGUGUGGGUACUGCUGCCUUUCUCUUUCCUGUUCUUGUUGCCAGAUAUUUGUCGUUUUGCAUUCACCCUGUGCAUCCUCCGUCCCCCGCUUCCCACU